AUGUAAUAAGAUGAUAAAAAAAUUGAUUUCAUUCCUGUUCCUAAAAAAAAUUAAAUUAUAGUUCCUUAUGAUUUUUAAACAGAAAAAUAUGAUUUAACAGAUAAUGAUCUUAAUAUACUGUCCAAAUAUUUUUAAGAGUAUUUGUAUAUUCACUACUAAUAUAAGCAAAACAAUAUUGUAACAUAUACGCAAUGAUUUAUCCAAAUCUAAGAGUUUAAAUCCAUAUAAAAAUUCUUUUAAAAAAGUUCUUAUCUAUUUACUAAUAUUUUAGGUUACCAUGAAAUUUCUAUUACAUUUCCUAUGUUUUUUAAUACUUUUUCUAUUUAUGUACUUGUGGAUUGGGUUGUUUAUUAUAGUUUUUGCAGAUCCAAUCAUAAUGACUCUAUAUAGUUAUUUUAUACUUUACUUAAUUUGGUAUAAAGGAAUCCGAUUAGGAAUUUUAUUAAUAUUAGAUUAUGGAAAGUCUAUACCUUUACAAAAUUAUUUAAAAUCAAUGAAUAAAAAAUAUUUUGGUAACCAUGGGAUUUAAUGGAAUGUUGGAGGAGGAGGAAAUUGGAUACAAAUAGAUUAUUAAACACAUUUAAAAAAAUGA